AUGGCCUGGUCCUUUACCUCGCCGACCUCAUUCCGCUUGAACAAUGGAUCCGAUACCUGGGCAGCGUCCAUGUCGCGGGCGGCGCCGGUCAUGGAGAUCAUGAAAUCGCACGAGUCGCACCCGUCCAUCGAUCGCCUUAUCGUCUUGGUGUUUAGUGCGGUGAUGGAAGUGGUCUGUGUCAGUCUGCCAGGUUAUAUCAUUGCGAGGCUCGGUCACUUCGAUGCCGACAAGCAAAAGUUCAUUGCCAAUCUGAACGUCAUGCUCUUCACCCCAUGCCUUGUCUUCACGAAGCUCGGCUCACAACUAAAUGCCGAAAAGCUGGCUGACCUCGCAGUCAUUCCGGUCAUCUUUGUGGUGCAGACGCUCGUUUCAUAUGCCGUCUCUGUGGUCGUAUCCAAGUUACUUGGCCUUGGCAAGCGCCCUUCAAACUUCAUUACUGCCAUGGGUGUUUUUGGUAACUCCAACUCGCUACCCAUCUCCCUGGUGCUUUCGCUCUCAGCUACCCUCAAGGGCCUGCACUGGGAUAGAGUGCCCGGCGACAACGACGACGAAGUUGGUGCGCGUGGCAUCCUCUACCUUCUUGUGUUCCAGCAGCUUGGGCAGCUUGUCCGGUGGAGCUGGGGAUACCACGUCCUCCUCGCGCCCAAGAGCAAAUACCCCGAGUAUCAAGUCGAGACAACAGAGGAGGGCAGAUACAGAGACGACCCUACCAUGGAUGCUUCGCGGGAGACCUUGAUCCCCGGGCUGGACGGCAGCAGUCGUGAUGAGCACUACGGUACUGAGACCUCGAGCGAGUCGGAUGGCUAUGAGCCUGCCGGCCGCACUCCCGUUGCAGGCUCCUCGCGAGUAUCGCUUCACGACCCGAAGAACAAGAACGUCUCUCCUCCUCGGCAUCACCUGGAGCCUAACAGCGGGCCUUUCGCUACUCCUUACGAGCAACCCGACGACGACAUUCUAUCGUUCCCACGGAUGACAGACUGCCACGAGCCAGUGGAACCUCAGCAUGGCAUCAAGGGUCAAUGGGCUCGGGUCAAGAGGACAUGCCACACUAAGUGGGUCUCGUUCAAGCAGUCUUGCUCAUCCACGUCAAGGACCGCGUGGGCGAAGCUCCCUGCGCCCAUGCGAGUUGCUCUGUCUGCCAUCGGUCGGGUGUCCGUUCGCUUCUACAACUUCCUCUGGGAGUUUAUGAACCCCCCACUCUGGGCCAUGCUCAUCGCCAUGGUUGUGGCCUCCGUUCCCGAGCUCCAGCGCAUUUUCUUCAAGGAGGGCACUUUCGUGAACAACAGUGUCACGAGCGCCAUCACACAAAGCGGUGGAGUCGCUGUCCCGCUAAUUCUGGUCGUGCUUGGUGCCAACUUGGCCAGGAACACCCAAGGCCGCGAGUCGCACGAUCCCGAGGAGGAGCGGAUUGGCCGCAAGCUGCUGAUUGCCUCUUUGGUGUGCCGCAUGCUUCUGCCCACGCUCAUCAUGGCCCCCAUCAUUGCUCUCUUUGCGAAAUAUGUUCCCGUCAGCAUUCUGGACGAUCCAAUCUUCAUCAUCGUCUGCUUCCUUCUUACCGGCGCCCCAAGCGCCCUCCAGCUUGCCCAGAUCUGUCAAAUCAACGAGGUCUAUGAGACUGUCAUGUCUCGCAUUCUCUUCCAGAGCUACGUUAUCUGGAUAUUGCCUUCCACGCUUGUCCUGGUGAUGUUGGCGAUGGAGACCCUCGAGUGGGCAAAAACGUAG